AUGAUUAGCAUCCUUUCAUGGAAUUGUAGGGGAGCAGGGAGCAACUGCUUCCUCAGAGUGUUCAAAGAGUAUUGUAGACGAUAUCGACCGUGUGUUACUAUAAUUGUGGAACCAAGGAUUAGUGGUGAUGUUGCGGAGAAGGUGAUUGAAAAGAUGGGGUUUGACAAGUGGCUGGUGGUGGAUGCCGUGGGCUUUGCAGGGGGCAUAUGGUUACUCUGGAACUCGGGUGCCGUUACAAUUACAGAAAGUGAUAGAUCAAACCAAUUUCUCCAUGUCCAGGUUUGCAGUGGACAUGAUAGCUGGUUCCUUACGGCUGUCUAUGCGAGCCCAGCUCUAAUCCAGCGAAGAGCAUUGUGGCAAUCGGUUCGCUCGAUCGCGGAGGGCAUGGAAGCACCAUGGAUACUUGCAGGAGAUUUCAACUCGAUUCUACAACCCUCAGACAAAAUGGGGGGUGCUCCUUUUGAUGCCAGCAGAGCGAGGGAUUUCCAGGAUUGUGUCCUUGAUUCAGGACUAACCGAUUUGGGUUUUUCGGGACCACCUUUUACAUGGUUUCGGGCGGGUACAAAGGAACGCCUAGAUCGGGGACUAGUAAAUUCAUAG